UUUGUAGUAGAUGAAAGGUGCACGAUAACGUUUUUUUAGGCGUAUACUACAAACUGACGUCGGACGUUUUGCCGGUUAGUUUCAAGAAAACGAUGGAUCGAUUCGGCAAACGUAUACUUGUUUUCACUUUAUUCGCAGUAUUUGGGGUGAGUCGGUCUAGACAGGCAAUAUACCCUUAUGGACCGUCUACCGGCGAUUCGCAACUUCGAAUUGGUUACGAAGUUGCCAGCCCGCCUGUAUCACUUAGCGUGCCUAUCAAGUUCUAUAACGAUACAUAUGAUACUGUUUUUAUUAACAGCAAUGGAUUGGUGUCGUUUAAUAGUGAAAUGCCGACAUUUUUUAAUGUUCCUUUCCCACUGGAUUAUCCAGCUAUGGCUGCGUUUUAUGCCAAUAUUGAUCUUCGAGGAAGUGGUCAAGUAUAUUACCGCGAGUCACGAGAUUCGCGUGUUCUUGGUCAAGUUAACGAAUUGGUUAGGCGAUUCUACCCAAGACAGAGUCAAUUUCGGGCUGCAACUGCAUUUAUAGCAACGUGGUAUCAAGUGGGUUAUUAUAAAAAAAAUGCAGACAAGACGAAUACAUUCCAAGUUGUCAUUUUUACCGAUGGUUUUGAAACUUUUGUGCUCUUUGAAUAUCCUGAGCCUAUUCAGUGGGUACAAUCGUUCAGUGGUAUAGCUGAAACGGGAUUACCAGAUGCUAAGGCCCAGGCUGGAUUCAGCGCUGCUGAUGGGCGCAUACACGUGCUUAGAGGUUCCGGAAGCGAUCAGAUCUUUAACCUUGACAGAUGGAGUAAUACUGACCAACCGGGAUUAUGGCUGUACCGUGUAGGUAAUAUUAGUCCAAAUGGUAAUGUUGAACCUCCUGAGUUUGCGGGAAGUAUCAGACCAGACGAAGGUUUGACUUGUGCAGUGGCUGGUGCUUUGUGUCACAAUCAAGCGUCAUGCGUGGAUUAUGAACAGGGGGAUAUGUGUUGUAUCUGCAAACACGGAUUUUUCGGAAAUGGAGUUACAUGUAUUAAGGAUAAUGUACCAGUUCGUGUCAGCGGAAAAGCCAGUAUCGAUGUAAAUGGGAUAGUUGUGGAUGAAGCAGAUUUACAAGCAUAUGUAGCGACUACGGAUGGCCGUGUUUACAUGGCUAUUUCAAACAUUCCUCCAUCUUUGGGAUAUGAACUUCAGUAUUUAACAGUUUUUUCUUCGGUUGUUUCUUGGUUAUUUGCACUACAUUCUGACAAUACUUACAACGGCUACCAGUUAACAGGUGGUGUAGUUAAUUAUACUGCCGAUGUUACUUUUCCUGGUACUGAACAUAGAAUAACACUUCACCAAAGAUUUUUUGGACUUAACUCGUUCGAUCAACUUGUGAUGGACACCACCUUACAAGGAACAACUCCGCCAGCACCACUGCCACAUGCUAAGUAUACUAUACCACCAGACACUCAACAACAAUUUACAUUAACAAGUGGUCGAAUGCUUUCGUAUUAUACGUUUAGAUAUAAACAAGAUAACUCAGAUUUUGAACAACAAGUGACCGUUGUACAGAGGUUUGAAUUCACUCAGUCUUGCAACAAAGCCACAAAAUCUUUAACAACAUUUUUAAUACGAAACUCAAAAGCAUACACUUAUUUCGAAGAAAAAGUUAACAUCGUUCGUCUAGUUAGCACCAAUAAUAUAUAUCUACCUUAUGAGAAUACUCAAAACCCAUGUAAUGAUGGGCAAAUUAAGUGUGUUGCCAAUAGUACAUGCAUUCAAGAUGGUAUCACUUUCCGAUGUGAAUGUAACCUAGGAUUUCAUUCACUUUCAAGUUCUGAAGCUGGAUGUAUUGACAUUAAUGAAUGUCAAGAAAGGACUGAUCGGUGUGAUCCUAACGCUAUGUGUGUCAACGAAGUGGGGUCGUACAGUUGUCAGUGUAGACCAGGAUAUCAGGGUAAUGGGUACUAUUGUGGACCAAUAACAUCUAUUCCAGAACUGACUGACACAACAGAACCACAAUCUAAUAAUAUUCCUAACUCGGUAUGUGAAUCUCCAAACAAUAUUAGUACAUGCUCCUGUAUUCAAGGUUAUGAAAUUCGUAUGUUGUCAACUGAUACUAAUGAAUUUGAGUGCGUGGAUGUCAAUGAAUGCAGUAUUUCUGAAGUAUGUCACAGAGAUGCUUAUUGUACAAAUUACCCUGGAAGCUAUUCUUGCGCUUGUAAUCCUGGUUUUACAGGAGAUGGUCUAAGAUGUCAACCUUUAGUAGGAUCAAAAUGUAGACUGGAAGGAGAUAGAUUUGUUGGAUAUGGAUGUCAAGUUCAAAAGACUUGUUCUUCUAAUUCUUGUUGGUGUCCAACUGAAUAUACAGAUAUUGGCAGUUAUUGUGUGUUUAGUGAGAGCAUUUUGAAUACAGGAGUAGAUAACUCAAGCAAAUCUACAUCUUGUAUUGAACUUAAGAAUUGUCAUGCCAAUGCUCAAUGCAUUUAUAUAACAUCUCAAAAGCAACAUAGUUGUCAAUGCUACUCAGGUUAUGAAGGAGAUGGAUACGAUUGUUCUCCUAUUGAACUAUCGUGUCAAAAAGCUAAUAUAUGUGAUAUGCAUGCCACUUGUGAGGUAAAUCAAAGAGGACAAGCAAGAUGCAUUUGUAAUAAUGGAUAUGAAGGUGAUGGCAUAAUAUGUACACCGUCAGGUGAAUGUACAGCUGAUUCUAAUUGUGAUAUUAAUGAAAGGUGUAUGUAUGACGAAGCAAGUUACAUAUACAGUUGCACAUGUAUUGAAGGAUAUCAUAAGUAUAAUAAUAAAUGUCAACCAUCACGUUGUCCAUAUGAAUGUCAUACUUUUGCUAGUUGCAUACAGUUUGAAAGAAACAAUUAUACAUGUCGUUGUAAUGAUGGAUACAGAGGGAACGGAGUCAGUUCCUGUGAAAAAGUUGAUAGAGGUUGUACAGCUAUUUCAUGCCCAUUAAAUGCCGAAUGUCUUAAUAGGGGAAGUACUCAUAAAUGCUCAUGCAGACAAGGUUACAAGGAAAUUAUCAACAAUGGUCAAUUGUCAUGUGUAGAAACAUGCAUUGUAAAUAAUAAUAUUUGUCAUCCAUCAGCUCAGUGUAUUUAUGACAACUCAGGUUUUUAUAAUUGUGAAUGUCAGCAAGGAUUUAUUGGGAAUGGUUUUUACUGUAAAGAAAAUAAAAAAACAUCAAAAGGAGAUAUCUACUUACUUGUUAAUCAAGGAAUGUCAACUCUCCAUAUUCCAACAGUAGCUAAUAAGUCGAAUGCUGGGUAUCCAGUUAAUUUGCAAUUUGAUCAAACUGCUAUUGGUUUGGCAGUUGAUUGUUUAGAAGAACAAUUAUACUGGAGUGAUAUUACAGGACAGUCAAUUAAAACUGCUAAGCUCAAUGGUUCUAAUGCACAAGAAUUUAUCAAAACUGAUGCAAAAUCCGUAGAAGGGUUAUCAGUUGAUUGGGUACACAGAAAAAUUUACUGGACAGAUUCUGGUAUGAAACGUAUAAUGGCUGCAGAAUUGGUUAAUGGAUCUCAAAAUUUAAUAAUAGCUAAUAAUUCACUAAGUAAUCCUAGAGGAAUUGUUGUACAUCCAAAUAGGAGAAAAGUAUUUUGGACAGAUUGGAAUAGAGUAAAUCCAAAAAUUGAAUGGUCUGAAUUAGAUGGAACCCAACGUGAAAUUUUCAUUCAAGGGCCAAGUGUAAAAUUGCCUAAUUCUAUUGCUAUUGACUGGAAUACUGAUGAAGUAUGUUGGGCUGAUGCAGGCUUAAAAAGCAUUGAAUGUGUAGGGAUAGAUAGUCGUUUACAACGUACAGCUGUAGCUAAUUGUAGUUAUCCAUUUGGAAUAGCCAUUACUCGUGAUAAUUACUAUUGGUCAGAUUGGAUAUCGGAAAAAAUUGAAUUUGUAGCAAAGAAUGACAAAAUUAAAAGAGAAAGUUUAUUUGUACCAUCAGUUGGUAAUGGUAAACUAUACGGAAUAGCAGCAGUGACAGGAAGAUGUCCAUAAUAUGAAGACUGAGUGAUAAAAUAAUAAUGAUAAUAAUAUUUAUAAAUUUUUCAAUUUAAUUGUUUUAUAUAUAAUACAAAAAUCAAUUGUGUGACUA